AUGCCUGGACUCAAGGACUUGCUGAAGAAGAAGGAGAAGAUAGCGCCAGAAACAGCGGCACGAUCAGAGCAGCAGAAGCUGGGUGUACCAGAGUUCACAUUCAUAAGAUCAACCACCGAGUCCGAGGAGAUCAUUCAGCCGCCAACAUACCCCGAGGACAACCGACCGACAGGCGCCGAGAAGAGGGAGCAUAGACGGGCAUUGGGCUUUCGCCAGUCCUCCUACUCUUCAUUCACGAAAGAUCCGACCGCCACGGCACUUUCACAUGCAGCAGAGCGCUCGAGCCAGCAACUCCCCGUGAGGCCGAAGGGAGAGCGACGAUUGUCAGAGAGGCUCCAUCUACACAAAACCGAUCGAUCGCGAUCGGGAUCUGCCGAAUCAAGCAGCUACGUCCCAAGAAAUCUGCCAGAGGCGCCCGAAGGAGAGGCAGUCGCGGCGCGAUCAAGUUCGGGCACCACACAGCAUGAGGAAGACAGGACCGCGAAAGAGCACAGGGAAGCACAAUGGGAGAAGCGCGCGACUCUGUUGGCGAUGAACAACCCGCUACGUGAUGGGCAGCUACAAACAGAGCAGGAAGCGCCGGCACAAGGCAGGAGCAGAAGUCCGAGCAUAUCAGACGCCAAAGGUGACGUCAACAUUCAGGAGGCCAUUCGGCUACACGAGGAUGGAGACCUGCGCCUGUCGACUGAGAUGUUCGGGCAGCUCGCGAAUCCCAAGGGUGCUAACAACGCUCUCGCACAAGUCCUUUACGGCCUCGCUCUACGCCACGGCUGGGGCAUCCCCAUCGAGCCAGAACGAGCCAUCCACUAUCUCUCUCUAGCAGCGUCCAACUCAGCCUCGAUCGAAGAGCAGGCUCUUGCAUCAGGCCUCAAGAAAGGCGGUGCAGCGAAAGGCGAGCUGGUCCUCGCCAUCUUCGAGCUGGCCAACUGUUUCCGACACGGUUGGGGCGUGAAGAAGGAUGCAGUCGCAGCUCGGCAGUAUUACGAGACGGCGGCCAACUUGGGCGAUACAGACGCCAUGGAAGAAGCUGCCUGGUGCUACAUGGAAGGUUUUGGGGGCGGCAAGGAGAAGUUCAAAGCGGCGCAGUACUUGCGUCUCGCCGAGCAGACAGGUGGCAAGACGGUGGGCAACUCAUGGAUCUGGAAGGACAAGUACAAUCCGCAAUAA